AUGGAAUCUUGUUCAGAUAAAUAUAAGGAGAUCCAUCUACUCCAUCUCACAGCCGCUAAAUUCAUGGAUCUAAAAGGAACCCAGCUUCUACUUUUGUUCUUUGCUUUUCUGUGCUCUCAAGUGAGAAAACUCAAUGGAGAUUCAAUCCCAGGCUGCAUGCUGAUUGAAAGGAAUGCUCUUCUUGGGUUCAAAGCAGGCCUUAAAGAUCCCACCAACAGGCUAUCUUCUUGGGUCGGUCACGACUGCUGCACAUGGGAAGGCGUGGCUUGUGACAACCCGACUGGCCACGUUGUCAAGCUAGACCUCCAAAACCCACACCAAUUCUCGGACACUGGCGAUCUGCUUCUUUACAACAAGUGGUCCUUGGGAGGUGAGUUGAGGCCUUCCUUACUUGGUCUGAAGCACCUGAAUUACCUUGACUUAAGCAUGAAUAACUUUGGAGGAGUUCGCAUCCCAGAAUUCGUGGGCUCAUUCCGUCAGCUCAAAUAUCUUAACCUCUCCAAUGCUGGUUUGGGUGGACUUAUCCCACACCAGCUUGGGAAUCUAUCGAGCCUCCAAUAUCUUGAUCUCGUCAAUGAACUCUACUUUAUAGAUUCUGUUCGUGAAUUCAGCAUUGAUAAUGCCCUCUGGAUUUCUCAUCUUUCUUCUCUACGAUAUCUGAAUAUGACGGGUGUGAAAUUCAGAGAUAGUGCUCACUGGCUGCAAGCACUAAACAUGCUCCCUUCUAUUGCUGAGGUACGCUUAUCCGAUUGUGACAUCAAGGCCAUUCCAGUCUCUCUUCCUCAUGUGAAUUUUACUUCACUCUCUGUUCUUGAUCUUUCUUCGAAUUUCAUUAAUUCGACGAUGCCUGGUUGGUUGUUCAACAUAAGUAGACUUGAGCACCUUGAUCUCAGAUUCAAUGAUAUUCGGGGCAUCAUUCCGCCUGCAAUUAAGAAUCUAGCUUCGCUCAAUUUCCUUGAUUUAUCCGGCAAUCAAUUUCUCGAAGGCAAAAUCCCGGGUGCACUUUGGGGUCUGUGUAAGCUGCAGCAUUUAGGAUUGUCACGGAUUAAUAUCAGCAAAAAUUUGCAUGAACUUGAUGAAGUGUUUACGGGAUGCAUCAAGAACAGCUUGGAGACUCUGCACAUGUGGGACACCCAGCUUAGCGGUUAUUUGCCAGACUUGUUGGGGGACUUUAGAAUGCUCAAAUCUCUCGAUUUGAGUUCCAACUCAAUUUCAGGUUCUCUUCCUGCAUCAAUUGGAAGGCUUGCGGGACUUGCGGAGCUAGUUUCAUUAGACCUUAGCUCGAACUCUUUGGAGGGUGUCAUGUCUGAAGAACACUUUGCCAAUUUCACCAAAUUGAAUUUUCUAGGCUUGUCAGGCAACCAAUUAAUUCUGAAUCUGACGUCUGAUUGGAUCCCCCCUUUCCAGCUUCAAACGUUAUAUAUUAGUUCUUGCAAGCUGGGACCACAAUUCCCAGCAUGGCUCGGGACGCAAGAAAAUAUUCACUCUCUAGACUCGUCUGGUAAUGGAAUUUCAUGCACUCUGCCAGAUUGGUUUUGGAGGUCAUUUUUCCAGCACAUAGAUUACUUGGAUAUCUCCAGCAAUGGAAUCACCGGUGCUUUGCCAAAUUUUUAUUCUUCUACUAUACAGAUACUAGACCUAUCAAACAAUUCAUUUUCAGCAGUGAUUCAUCCUGGUAUUGGCAAAAGUAUGCCUCAUUUGAAAUUUCUCUUGCUUUCCGCAAAUAAUUUAAGCGGUGAAAUUCCCUUGUCUUUUUGUCAGCCCGACUUUUGGGUUCUUGAUCUUUCAAAAAAUCACUUGUUGGGUGAGCUCCCUAAUUGCUGGAACCACUCUUCCCCUAUCACUGUCAUGGAUUUUUCAAGCAACAGUCUAUCUGGAAGCAUUCCUCCGUCAAUCUGUCAAAUACCAUAUCUCGAGUCAUUGCAUUUGAGUAACAAUAAUCUAUCAGGAGAACUCCCAUUAUCCUUGAAGAGUUGUGUGAAUUUAUGCACUCUUGAUCUUGGACAGAAUGCAUUCAUCGGCACAAUACCUACUGGGAUAGGAGAAAGUUUGUUGUCCUUGAGUAUCCUUCGCUUACGAUCAAACAAGCUUGUUGGAAAUAUUCCUCCUAAUCUAUCAAGACUAAGUGCUCUUCAAAUCCUGGAUCUUGCUAAUAACAAUUUAUCAGGAACCAUUCCUUCGAGCUUUGGGAACUUCACUGCCAUGAAAGUGUUACGGGGGACUAAUGGAAAUAUUUCAGAUUAUAUGAAUUACAAUGAAAAUUUGCAAGUGACCAUGAAAGGAAGUGACAAUGAGUUUUCCACAUUCAUUUUACUUGUGAUUGCUAUGGACCUUUCAGGCAAUAACUUAUCUGGUAAAAUUCCAGAAGAACUGGCCAACCUUUUUGGACUAGUGAGCUUAAACUUGUCUGGAAAUCAUCUGACAGGAGAGAUCACAAAAAAAAUCAGUGCAUUACGACAGUUGCAGUCACUUGACUUAUCAAGAAACAACCUUUACGGUAGAAUUCCUUCAAGCAUGAUUGCCCUAACCUUUUUGAGUUACUUGAACUUAUCAUACAACAACUUGUCAGGAAAAAUUCCAUUAGGUAAUCAGCUUCAAACCUUCAUUGACCCAUCUAUCUACGCUGGUAAUCCUGGUCUUUGUGGGUUCCCAUUAGCUCAAAAGUGCAAAGAUGACAAGACAAAUCAAGGUCCAAAUGCUGUUGGAGGGGAUAAACAAAAUGAUAAUGCCAUGGAUGAAGAAGCAUCUGAAAUCGAGCGGUUGUAUAUGAGCAUGGGGCUAGGAUUCGCAGUUGGUUUAUGGGCCGUUUUUGGUCCAUUAUUAUUCAACAGAAAAUGGACAGAAGCCUAUUUUCGACUUAUAGAUCAAGUUUAUGAUAUGGUUUACGUGACCCUGGCAGUGACUUUCAAUAGGUUUAAAGAGCACAAUGCUGCAGCAUGA